AUGGUGCCGCCUUUAGCUACCGCCCAGGAGCUGUCACACCCAGCUGCAUCUUUAGAAACACCAAUUCAGAUACUGGUUCCUCCUCUGGUGCUCGUUGGAGGCGAGCCUGUGCAAGUGGUAGAACCCUUCCGAUAUGCCAUGUUUUCUUUGUUGCUUUUCAUGUGCUUUGGUGAGAAACUUGAUGAGAAAGUCAUCAAAGAUAUUAUGGAAAUAGAAGGGAAUGUCGUAGCCAAUUACAAAAGACUUUCUAUGUUCCACACGUUCCCCACCGUCGCGAGAUUCAUCUUCAGAAAACAGUUGAUUGAUAUUCGCCGCAAACAAAUAUCUGCUUUACUUCCUUUGAUCCAAUCCCGUCGAGAACGAAAGGAGAAGAUCAAACAACAAAACCAAGAUGAGAAUUUUUUCGCCUACAUUGAUUCACUCUUCGAUCUCGAAUUCAAAGAUGAAGGAGGAAGAAAGAUAAAUGAUGAAGAAAUAGUGCUUCUCAUCUGUGAGCUCAUGGAUGCAGGGAGUGACACAGUAUCAACUGUGUUUGAAUGGAUCAUGGCCCACCUUGUGAAGGACCAAACCAUCCAAGAAAAGCUUUAUUCUGAGAUCCAAGAGGUUGUGAAUUCAGACGAAGAGAUCAAAGAAGAGGAUUUGCAGAAGAUGCCAUAUCUGAAGGCAGUGGUAUUAGAAACGCUGAGGUUAAACCCACCUACCCAUUUUGUGCUGCCACGUAUUGUGGAAGAAGAUAUUGUGUUGAAUGGCUAUCUCUUUCCCAAGAAAACUAUUGUGAAUUUUACGGUGGCAGAUAUGGCGAGGGACCCACAAGUUUGGAAAGAUCCUAUGGAGUUUAAGCCAGGGAGGUUCUUGGGUGAAGAAGGGGAAGCAGUUGAUAUCACAGGGAGUAGGGAAAUUAAGAUGAUGCCAUUUAGUGCAGGGAGGAGGAUUUGCCCUGGACUUGGGUUGGGGACAUUGCAUUUGGAGUAUUUUUUGGCAAAUUUUAUCACAAGUUACAAAUGGGUGCCCGUGGAUGGACAAGAUGUUGACAUGUCAGAGAAGCAGGAGUUCACAAGGGUAAUGAAAACCCCAUUGCAGGCCCAGGUGUCCCAAAGGGCCAAGUAA